AUCGAUACUUAUCUCCCUUAAACAUAUCUAAGGUUCCACUAAAAGUUCAUGUGCACACCUUCGCGCCCUCAUAUCAAACUGUUUUAACUUUCUGUUUAACAGAAUAACCUGCAUACAGAUUGUUUUAAGUACACAAAUAUAUAUUUGCUAUCAGUAACUGAGUUUAUAUACAAUAUUCUGCUGUUACGUUGUGACUUCGGUGAAAAUUUAACAGAAGAAAGAAUAUAAAUAAACGAUGUCAGAGAAUUCAAACCUAAAGAAAGUUCAACUGGUUUCAUUAAAACAAAUUUAUAAAGCAAAGAAACAAAUAAAGAAUUAUGUUAGAGUCACACCAUUGGAAUAUUCUCCAUUCUUGUCUAAAAUGGCAGAAGGUUCUCAUGUAUAUAUAAAAUGUGAAAACUUGCAGCGUACAGGGUCUUUCAAAGUACGUGGGGCCUUUAACAAACUAUGCUUGCUUAAAGAAUCUAAUCCUGAUAUUUACAAAAUAGGAGCUGUGGCAGCAUCAACUGGUAACCAUGCUAUGGCUUGUACAGAAGCUAUGAACCAACUUGGAAUUCCUGUUCAUGUAUUUGUCCCAGAAACAAUUUCCCCUUCAAAACAUGAGCGCUUAAUUGCAAACAAAGCUUCACUCACUGUUUUUGGAGAAGAUUGCAUGUAUGCAGAGAAUGCUGCUCGCAAGUACUCAGAAGAAAAGGGAAUCCCAUUUAUUUCCCCUUAUAAUGAUAUUGAUGUCAUUGCUGGCCAAGGAACAAUAGGACUUGAAAUAUUUGAAGAACAACCUGACAUUGAAAAUGUCUUUGUACCUGUUGGAGGUGGUGGCCUUAUUGCUGGCAUUGCUGCAUAUCUAAAGCAAGUAAAUCCAGAUAUAAAAGUAACUCUUGCCAAAUUUAGAUGCAUCAAGAAAGCUACUGAAUCUGUCAACCAUGAAGUAAUUGCCAUUGGUCUAUCAGAGGAUAUAGCUGACCUUCUGGAAUUUGCUGCCAGGUCAUCCAAAGACCUAGGCUGUGUUCCCCAGAAGGAUGCUCUCUGCCUUGGUCAACCAGGUCCGAAACUCAGACUAAUCACGCUGUCUUUUUCAAAAAAGGGUGAGAGAUAG